AUGCAGGCGGACCGCGAGCGCGCCGAGCGCGCGGCGGAGGAGCUGUCAGCAGCGACGUUCCGGCCGGAGGUCAGCCGCAUGGCGCAGCUGAUGUGGAGCCGCCAGGACGGGGGCGCCGUGCCGGCCUGGCAGCGCCUGAGCAAGGGCAGCAAGACCAAGACGGCGGAGCGGCUCGAGGCGCUGCGGCGCGACAAGGAGGAGGCCGAGACGCGGGAGUGCACGUUCAAGCCGGCAAUCAGCAAGCGCAGCGACAAGCUGAUGGCGGACCGCAGCGACACGCUGAGGUCACUGAACGUCAGCGCCCACCAGCAGCUGUACCAGGACUCGCUCAGGCGGCAGCAGAAGCAGGAGCAGUACGCCACCUGGUACCCUGAGGAUGUCACCUUCCAGCCCAAGCUGGUGUCGGCGCAGCGCCCCUCAUCCUCCCUGGACAGCGGCCCCAGCCGGGCCGGCCCGGCGGCGCUGGCGGAGCGGCUGUUUGCCAGCUACGACAAGCUGCAACUCAAGCUGGCUGAGGCGCGCGCCAAGCUGGACGGCCCAGUCGACCCCGCCACGGGCCGCACCCUGUACAAGCCCCAGACCGGCCGCGCGCCGGCGUUCACGCGCCACGGGCCGGAGCAGCGCGUGGGGGAGUACCUCUAUAGCCUGCAGACUGAGAGGGACGAGAAGGCGCGCCAGCGGCUGGAGGAGGAGGAGCGCCGCGCCGACGAGGCGCGCAGGGGCAAGGUGGUGACCGCCAGCGCGGUGAUGGUGCGCAAGCUGCAGCGCAAGCGCUUUGAGCAGGUGUGGUCGUUCCUGGACAAGGCCGGUGACGGCGUGGUUGACCUCGCCGCGGUGGUGGAGGCGCCCCAGGAGUGCCUCGAGGAGCUGGACGACGACGUGCGCGAGGACCUGGAGGCGGCGGCCCGCCUGGCGAUCAAGGCGUUCGCGCCGCCGCCGAGCCCCGCCGCCGCCGGCGCCGCCGGCCGCGCGGUGAAGCACCAGGACAGCGGCGCCAGCGCGGCGUCGUCCGCGUUCUUCAUGCCGCCGCCGCCGGCGGCCGACGUGCGCGAGGGCGCGAGGGGCGCGGGGCCGCAGCCGGCGUCGCCGCGGCCGCCGGUCGACCCGGCGAGGGAAGGCUACAGCCUUGUGCACACACAACACACACCAGUCCACAGCGGCGCCUCAACACACAACGCCCUGGAUUUCUACUCUCUCUCACCGCCCUGA